AACCUGUUUUGGUUCCCGCCCCUUUUCCUCUUGCUCUUUCUAAUCUUUCCCCCUCGGCCAAUUCCGGAGAGGAACCCUUUUUAAAUCUCUUCCAAGUUGAAGCGUGGGACCGAUUUAGUCCACACAAUCCGGAAUCGUCGACAUGGCGGCGACCGUAAGAUGCCUCGGUAGAGUCUUGAUACAUCAUCAAAAGCAUAGUCUUUCCAAGUUGGCUUAUCAGACACCUCUUUAUCCUUGUUCUGUAAAUGUUUGGGUGCCCAGCAGAUAUUUUGCUGUUGCUACAAAGCCUGCAAAGAACACCAAAAAAGGUGUAAAAGACAAAAAAGACAAAGCGUCAGACAAGAAAACAGAUGAGAUAGAAAAAAUAAAGUCCUACUCCUUCAUGGAAGGUGAACCUGAGGAUGACGUCUACUUAAAGCGCUUAUAUCCAAGGCAGAUAUACGAGGUGGAGAAGGCUGUUCAGUUACUUAAGAAAUUUCAAAUCCUAGACUUUACUAAUCCAAAGCAAGGUGUUUAUCUUGAUUUGACACUGGAUAUGGCACUGGGGAAGAAGAAAAAAGUGGAGCCAUUUGCCAGUGUUCUUAGUUUUCCAUACCCGUUCAUUUCAGAAAUCAAUAAAGUUGCUGUAUUUACAGUGAAUGCAUCAGAGAUUAAAAUAGCAGAAGAAAAUGGAGCUGCGUUUGCUGGAGGAACUGAUCUGAUUCAGAAGAUUUUGGAUGAUGAAAUUCAAUCAGACUUUUAUGUAGCUGUUCCAGAAAUAAUGCCUGAGCUUAAUCCAUUAAAGAAGAAACUGAAAAAAAGAUUUCCAAAACUAACUAGAAAAUCCAUUGGCCGUGACAUCCCCAAAAUGCUUGAAUUAUUUAAAACUGGACAUGAAAUUAAAGUAGAUGAAGAAAGGGAGAACUUUCUCCAGACCAAAAUAGCAACAUUGGAUAUGCCAAGUGACCAGAUAGCAGCAAAUCUGCAAGCAGUUAUCAGUGAAGUUUGUAAGCACAGACCACUCAGUUUGGGACCUUUCGUGGUACGAGCGUUCCUUCGUUCUUCAACCAGCGAAGGUUUGUUACUAAAGAUGGAGCCAUUGUUGCCUAAAGAAGUAGAAGCCAAAGAAAGUAACAAAGAAGAUGCCUAAAAAUGUUAUAUUAUGAAAUUAUUUUCAGUGGAUUAACAAGCAAUGGAGAAAAUUAUAAAACUGUAUAAUUUCUACA